UCAGCCAAUUGAAGGGGAUGAAGAGACAUUUUAGUGGUAAGCCAGUAGCUGGAGAUCAUAGCAGCUCGGAAUCGAGCGACAGUGAGGAGGAGGAAGAAGAACAGCAACAACAACUACGGGGGCAUGUUGUCGAAGAGACCAAUGUUGAGCCCUUGGGUGAUGAGAUGAGUGGUGGUAGAAGUAAGGUCAGCGAGGAAACCACCGGGGAGGUGCCAGAAGAAGAGGAUGGAAGUGAUAGUUCUGAUGGUGAAGAUGAGACAGCAAGCGAUAGUGCUAGCGAUAGCGACGAUUCCAGCGACAGCGAUAGCUCAAGCAGUCCACGAUUACUGAAGCCGGUUUUCCUAUCAAAGAAGCAACGGCUCCAGACAAGGACACGCACUGACAAGCCCACUGCGAAAGAGAUCACGCUCAAGUCGAUCCAAGUUCAGAGACAACAGGAGCAAGAGUAUCUGCGUAAGCUGGAAUUGGACUCGUCCAACUACGGAGGAUUAGACGAUACCGACGGGCUCGACCCUGAGGCCGAGAAGGCCGCCUGGGAAGCGAGACAGCUGGCACGAGAGACUCGUGACAUCGAACGGGAAGAAGAAGAGAUGAAGCAGCUGGAGGAGAUGGAGAACAGGAAGCUGCUCACGGAGGAAGAACGGGAACUGGAGGCCAGAUUGGAUGCUGAGAGGAAACAGACAUCCAAUGUUAAGGCCAAGGGAGCAUUUUAUAGGGACGAAUCGAUACUGAGCAGGAAGAUGGAGGGUGAGGUUGAGAAGUACGACAAGUCUCUACUGCCACAGAGGUAUAAACCCAAGAAAUGAGCUCUA